ACAACGUCCAACCCUCAUUCUAUCUUCAUCUUGCAUCCUUUUUUCUUUCUAGAGGAGCUUUUCUUUGCCUGCGAAAGGCUCCUCGGUUUCGCCCUCUAUUCUCCUGCACGACAUAUCUUACAAGUAUUCUUCCUUCACCGUCCGAAGUCCCUUCGUCGUUCCUCGGUACCCUUCCUGUCCACGCUCUCCUACCGUGUCUCUCCUCUGCGGCUGACGUCCUGUUCACCACCAUGGCUGAGCAAGGUCAAGCUCCCGUCCCAAAAAGGCGGAGGAUUGGUGUCAUGACGAGUGGAGGUGACUCUCCUGGCAUGAAUGGAGCUGUUCGCGCUGUGGUUCGCAUGUCUAUCCACAUGGGCUGUGAGGCCUACGCAAUCUUUGAAGGUUACGAGGGUCUGGUCCAAGGCGGCGAUCUGAUCAAAGAAAUGAAGUGGGAAGACGUCAGAGGAUGGUUGUCUCGAGGUGGUACCCUGAUUGGCACUGCAAGAUGCAUGCCUUUCAUGGAGAGAUGGGGGAGACUCAAAGCAGCCAAGAACAUGAUCCUCCGGGGCAUUGACGCCUUGGUCAUUUGUGGUGGUGAUGGUAGUCUGACCGGCGCAGACAAAUUCAGAGCCGAAUGGCCUGGGCUGAUCAAAGAGCUGGUCGAGACUGCAGAACUCACACAAGAACAAAUCGAGCCCUACAAACACCUGAACAUUGUCGGAUUGGUCGGGUCCAUCGAUAACGAUAUGUCGGGGACUGAUGCCACGAUCGGCUGCUACUCCUCCCUCGAACGAAUUUGUUCUGCCGUUGACGACGUUUUCGACACUGCAGCUUCCCAUCAACGCGGUUUCGUGAUCGAGGUCAUGGGUCGGCACUGUGGUUGGUUGGCACUGAUGGCUUCGAUAGCUACAGGCGCUGACUUUGUCUUCAUCCCUGAGAAACCUCCUCGAGUUGGUUGGGAAGAUCAAAUGUGCGACAUCAUCAAAAUGCAUCGGUCAAGAGGCAAGAGGAGAUCCAUCGUCAUAAUCGCUGAGGGUGCCCACGACGAGAACUUGAAGAAAAUCACGGCGAAUCAAGUCAAGGAUCUUCUCUCACACAAGCUCAAGUUGGAUACAAGAGUUACGGUCCUUGGGCAUACCCAACGAGGAGGAUCAGCCUGCUUCUACGACAGAUGGUUGUCAACUCUACAAGGUGUUGAGGCUGUGAAUGCCGUGCUGGAGGCUACGCCUGAUACUCCCACACCUGUCAUUACCAUCCGAGAAAACAAGAUCGAGAGAUCCAACCUUAUGGAAGCUGUUGCCUUGACCAAGUCAGUCACUGCCGCCAUUCAGGCCAAAGAUUUCGAUAAAGCCAUGCAACUGCGGGACGUCGAGUUCAAAGAAUACUACAAUAGCUACAUGAUCACCACUUCCACCGACCAUCCUAAAUUACGACUUCCCGAAGAGAAGAGAAUGCGUAUCGCCAUCGUCCAUGUUGGAGCUCCUUCUGGUGGGAUGAACCCUGCCACUCGAGCGGCUGUGGCAUACUGUCUGACAAGAGGCCACACUCCCAUCGCCAUUCAUAAUGGCUUCCCAGGUCUACAGCGUCACCACGACGACAAACCCGUCGGAUCCGUCCGCGAAUGCAAAUGGAUUGAUGUAGACCCAUGGGUGAACGAGGGCGGUUCAGAAAUCGGCACAAACCGUGGACUGCCCAGUGCCGACAUCAAGACGACUGCAGAGUGCUUUGAAAGAUAUAAAUUCGAUGCGAUGCUCCUGAUUGGCGGAUUUGAAGCUUUCACCGCAGCAAGCGAAAUCAGAAAAGCCCGGCAUGAGUAUCCAGCGUUUAAGAUUCCUCUGAUCGUUCUGCCUGCAACAGUAUCGAACAAUGUCCCCGGGACUGAAUAUUCACUUGGCAGCGACACGUGUCUAAACACAUUGAUCAAUUUCUGCGAUGCCAUCAGACAAUCAGCGUCGUCGUCCAGACGGAGAGUGUUUGUCAUUGAGACACAUGGUGGUCGAUCAGGGUAUCUAGCAACCAUGGCUGGCCUUUCAGUCGGCGCACUGGCCGUGUACAUCCCCGAAGAAGGCAUCAACAUUCACAUGAUCGCCCGAGACAUAGAAUUCCUGCGAGAAAAUUUCGCCAACGACCAAGGCGCAUCUCGAGCAGGCAAAAUCAUUCUUCGUAACGAAAAGGCCAGUCAAACCUAUACCACACAGAUCAUCGCAGACAUGAUCAAAGAAGAAGCCAGAGGACGGUUCGAGUCUCGAUCAGCAGUGCCUGGACACUAUCAACAAGGGGGUAAACCUUCGCCUAUGGAUCGGAUAAGAGCCCUCCGGAUGGCGAUCAAGUGUAUGCAACAUAUUGAGGAUAGAUUUACAGGCAAGUCCAAGGCUGCGAUUGUCGACGAUCCACUCUCUGUGGCAGUCAUUGGUAUUCAAGGGUCGGAGGUCGUGUUCACGCCCAUGGGUGGAGAGACGGGCCUGGAGGCCAACGCGACGGACUGGCAAGACCGACGACCAAAGAAUGAAUUCUGGAUGCCGAUGAAGGAUACGGUCGACAUCCUCAGCGGACGGCCAAAGUUGAGGGAUUGCUGUGGGGAGUGCGGGAAGCCGCUCUCAGGUGAUCUCCGUAGAGGUAUGCUCCCGAAGCCGAAGGAGAGAGACGAAGAGUAAAGACAACAAAGGAGGAGGCUGGAGUUUGGGGGUCUCCUUAUAAAGGUGCUGAACAGGGCGACUUGACCGGUGAUCAGAGCGAGCGUCUAUUUCUAUCGUAAUUCACAAGAGUCGUUUCGAUCCGAAAGACUUUCUCCGCUCCAGACUACUAUGUACAUAGUAGUCCUUUCUUUCCUUUAUGUCCUAUGUAGGUCUAGCACUUCUUUUGCUAAGCCAGGAAAUCUCUAGCGAGUUUGGCGAGACGGCGCGGUAGUUGAAUAGGAAUAGUCUGGAUAUGAGGCUCUAUCAGUGUCAGGAACGGGAGAUUGGAAGAGCCGGAGUGGGAUUUGGGAUUCUGGGGAUGGCGGUGUGGUUGCAGUGUCGUUGGUGAAACAAUUCGGAUAGAAAGGAAUCUGUAACCAGAUCUUGCAGCAAGUUCAAAUGCAGGUGUCUGACAGAAAGGAUUAUCCAGGAUACCACUAAGGUAUUGGUGAGAAUCAGC